AUGAACACCUUCAACCCUCGUCGGGUCUCGUACCUCAGGCCGCCUACCACGGUCAUUGAGGUGCGCGAGUCCUGGGCAUCGCCGUACCCUACGCCCAACUCCGUCGGAUAUCCCCCAUCGGAAAGAUCGGCCGACGAGAAAUUCGCUUCUGCUGUCUGGAAACGCACCUUCAACCACGUCGAUUAUGCCGCAUACAAGGCAGCUUGCGAUGCCGAGAGGGAGGCCAUGCCUGAACAGGACCCGGAUGUCUCUUUCCCUGCCUCCAAUUCAGCGCGGAUGGGUUUGUCAAGAUUGGGCGGUAUGCUCACUAUUUACCCCUACCGCGAUAUGGGAUGGCUCGUCACCAUGGUCUUCACUGGAGCCGGAAUUUGCCUCUCUCUGAACGGCAUCUUCAGUCUUAUCCACCUCCUGGAUCCUAAGCUGGACUUCCCCGGACGCGAGGCUGGCGCCCAGGUCACUGUCACUCUCGGAAGCGCUCUUCUAGCUCUGAGUGCCCUCAUGGGCUUGCUGGCCGCAUUCAACGUCGACCGCGGCAUGCUCGAUCCCAAGAAGGACGCUCCCGACGCAUACAAGCCAGCGCUCCUCGGCAGCGAAGAUUGGGUCUGGUGGCCCAGCUGGUACGAGUUCAAAACCAUCUACUGGCCAAGCUCGGCCUUCCGCGCCGGCAUCCUCCAGUUCCUCGCCGGCUCCUUCUUCACCAUCGCGGCAAUAGCCAUCCUGCCAGGCGUCCUCGACCUCACACACCCGGACGCCUCCGCCAUUUUCGUCUCUUUACCUCAACUCUCCGGCGGCAGCCUCUUUGUCCUCGCCGGCCUUCUCAUGAUUUUCUUGUCCCAGGACAAGUGGUACAUCCCAAAGGUUCUCGACGCCAGUUGGCAAAACGGAUUUUGGAAUUUGGUUGGCGCAAGUGGGUUUUUGGCCAUCGGCGUUGUGACCUUGCUCGCAAAGACUGCGACUGUGGCGAUUGCUUCACUUUUUCUUAUGAGCGGACUCGGAUUCUUGAUUGCCAGCCUGAUCCAGUGGUACAUCAUUAUGGAGUACUACCCGGUCGAUCCUUACGUCAAGGACCCCAUGCAGGCGGCAGAGAUUCCUUCCCAAUCGAUCUAUUAA